UUUAAAACGGGUUGCAUCAGCUUCGAGUUCCGCGGCUUGAUUUCGGCCUAUAAAAAGCGAUGCUUGGUCCCAGAUCAUCAUCAGUCUCACAAGUUCUAUUGCCUGAAACAAAAUCAAAAUGUUCAAGAUCCUGCUUGUCUGCGCCCUUGCCGCCCUUGUGGCCGCCAACGAGAAUGCCGAGGUCAAGGAGCUGAUCAAUGAGGUGAAUCCCGAUGGCUUCAAGACAGUGGUGUCCCUGAGCGACGGCUCUGCCUCCCAGGCCAGCGGCGAUGUGCACGGAAACAUUGAUGGCGUCUUCGAGUGGGUCUCCCCCGAGGGUGUCCACGUUCGCGUCGCCUACAAGGCCGAUGAGAAUGGCUACCAGCCCUCUAGCGAUCUUCUGCCCGUCGCCCCACCAAUCCCAGAGGCCAUCCUGAAGUCUCUGGCCUGGAUCCAGGCCCACCCCAGCAAGGAAUAGGCACAUCAUCGACAAGGACAUCACUUUGACUCGAAGCAGAAAGUCUGGGCUUGGAUUAUCCCGACUCACUGCAUACAACUUAGAAUAUGAACAGCACACUGAAAAUAAAUAAUAUUUUCUAAAGAAAA